CGUCCAAGCGCCCACAGCCACUUCGACUUGCACACUCAGGAUCGCCCACUCUGCAACCCGCUAUGUCGACACCCACACCUUCCUCCAGCGCACAGUCAGAGCGCUCCCUGAACAGACAGUUGGUUCUAGAUGAAGACGAAUACACGGAAGCUCUCUCUCAUAUCAUUGCCCGCGACUUCUUCCCGUCUCUUGUCCAUCUCGAGACAACAAACGAUUACCUGGAUGCUCUGCGGUCGAAAGACCCACAACUCAUACAGGCGUCUGUCCGUCGAAUGGAGGGAUUGUCUACUCCUAUGAGCUACCGCAGUCGGCCAUGGGAGACACCUUCGCAGACUCCAUACCGGGCGGGGCCCUCGGAGACACCUCUACGCACGCCCCGGGACGAACCACCAGCGAAACGAGUGCGGUACGACACAGACAUGAGCCUGGACACAUUCCAAGCGAAGUACACGUCGGAAGAUAACUCGAGCUUUACGCAUAUUCUGGAUGACGAGAACAGGCAGCGGAGGGAGCGGUGGUCGUGGGCAUGGGAGGCGCAGAAGAGGGUGGAGGAACAGCGGGGGAAGAUGCUGGAGGGCAGGGAAAGGCUGCUGAUUGAGGGCCCUGUGGCGACUGGUGUCCGGGAGAAGUUCCGCAUAGAGGCACCUACGCCUGCCGGGCUGCUCACCGACGGGUCUAUGGAUGAAGCGAAGGACAAUGCACAGGAGAAGGGGGCUGAGGUGACCGUCAGGGAGAAGGGCAAAGAGGUAGCCGUCAAAGAGAAAGGAGGCGAGGAAGAGGAAAAGGUAGUGGACGUCAUGGCUCCGAAGAAGGACACGCGACCAGCAGGGGUAGAUGCUUGGAAGUUCAAGACGCGGAACGCACUCAUGUUCUCUCCAGACGCGGAUGUGUCUCCGUACCACGCCCCCGCCGCUAAGGCACCUGUGGAAGUAAAGGGCGAACCGAAGGCCAUCAAACAUGGUAACACCCGUCUCCCGGAGCAAGACGACACACCUUCACGAUCAAUGUCCGCGCCUGCAAGUCCUACGCAGUCUCGUAUAGACGCGGCCAUCGCCGGCACACCAUACCGGCCGAAGUCGCCAACUGGUGACAACUUUCCACUCGUCCCUUCAGUACCAUCGCCUACGCCCUCGGAACUUGGCCCGGCCGCCGUGAAACAGCUCAUGACUUGGGGGACAUUGACCGCCACCCCGCGUAUCCUGUCCCAGUCGGACGACCCUGCGGAAGCCUCGUCCGGCAUGCCUCCCCCGAGCACACCGUUCCACAUAACAGCGCCGAGUGCCCGCGAGCGCAUCUCACAUAAGCUGUCAUCAAACGCAGCCAAGAGCUUGCGGGCAAAGGCAGGUCUGCUCAAUGUUCCGGGAAUCUCGCGGACAUCGGCGAGUUCGAGUGCGCGGAAGAGCGCCAUGCCGCCGCCUUCGUGGACGCCGCGCAGAGUUGAAGCUGCUGGCGGAUUAACACCAGCUGCGAAAAGGUUGCUGGAUAGAUCAACGAUGGGAACGGCAGCCGCUAGGAGGGCCGAGGCUAUGGGGAGGAUGGCUGGGUGGGAGGGCAGUAGUGCUAAGAAAGAGAAGGACUUGAACCGUAUUCGAUGGACUCCUAGUCCUGUGUCGAGGAGACCAUAGCAGAGUAUCUACCUGUAUACCUAGUUUCGGCCUGCCAUGUAUGCGGUUUGUAUUUCACUGAUGCGGAUGUCGAGCGGAUGUCAAGAUUUCUGACGCACAAUGCUUGCAUGGUCAAUUAACGCGUCAACAUGCCU